UUAAAGUUGUCCGGUUUCGCAACGAAAGUUCUUACUGACACCAAUGGCGAGUAGUUCCUACCAACCAUUCAAAACCCAACUCAAUAUUCACAAACACAUGAAUGAAGAGUGAGUAGUGUAGUGUGCACCUAACAAGAGAGAAAGAAGCAAUCGCUGCCAUGUUUCCUUUCCCAGUGAAGUUGAAAAUUGAGAUCAAUCAAUUUUUUAUUAUUUUAUCUUUCAUCAUUUUGUAGAGCGAAUUCUGUGUUGAAGGGCCUUCCUUAUUGAUUGUAAAAGAACAAUCUUGGCCAUUGAAAUUGGUGGGCCAUGCUUGUGAUUGCCUAUCAUAUUCUCCGGUUCUCAAUGUUUUGACUAUAUAUUUAGAACCACAAGACAAAAAAUUAGAGAAGAAGAAGAAAAAUGGCAAAUUUUGUUCUACAGUUUCCAAAUACUUUGAGGAGUUUCGCUGUGUCUGCUUCCUCCAACUCCAACGGAGCUCCUCCUGGUGGUUCUGGAAGCAGUAGUGGUGGGGGUGGGGGCCCUGUAAUAUUGGAACUUCCUCUAGAUAAGAUCAGAAGGCCUUUGAUGAGGACCAGAGCAAAUGAUCAAAACAAAGUUCUGGAAUUAAUGGAUAGUAUCAAGGAAAUUGGUCUUCAAGUGCCUAUUGAUGUCCUCGAGGUUGAUGGAGUCUAUUAUGGUUUCUCCGGCUGUCACCGCUAUGAGGCUCAUCAGCGCCUUGGACUCCCCACCAUCCGUUGCAAAAUACGCCGGGGUACAAAAGAGACUUUAAGGCAUCAUCUGCGCUAAACAUGUCAUCAUUUUAUCAUUCAAAGUUGGUACAUGGCAAUUAGUAAUGACAGGACACAGGGGUGUCCUUCUUCCCAAUGCAUUGUGAUUCCAAUGGACAGUGUAUGAUAUCAUGAGUGUCCUAUAGUUGCUUGUGUAUAUAUAUCAAGAAGAAAAUGUUUCCUCUCAAUGACCAAAGAGGACAGUGAACUAUUACUACUGGAAAGAUUGAAAAUUCAUAAUCUGAUUUCUCUGACUCUUGUGCUA